AGGAUAAAAUCGAUAUUACUUCAGCCGUCGUUUUGCCUUCUUUCGAUCGGAUUAGUAUAUGGUUGUUUGAUGGGGAAUGUGGUGGCCCUGCUUUUUGGUCGGCGGCGAGCUCACCGGCCGGCAGUCCGGGAAAUAGAGGGGUGGAGUUCGAGCAACUCCCAGCCUUCCAUGGGAAGGAGAAUGAAUCGCAAGAAGAGUGAAGUUAUGAAGAAAUACGCGUUCAUCCCUGACAACUACACCACAGUCGACCAGGUCACAGCUGCCCUGAGAGAAGCUGGAUUAGAGUCAUCAAAUCUAAUUGUGGGGAUUGAUUUCACUAAAAGCAAUGAAUGGACAGGGAAGCACUCUUUCAGAGGUCAGAGCUUGCACAAGCUCGGAGAUCAGCCAAACCCUUACGAGCAAGCCAUUACUAUAAUUGGCAAGGUUUUGGCUCCGUUCGACGACGACAACCUCAUUCCUUGCUUCGGAUUCGGCGACAUGACAACUCACGAUACACAUGUGUUCAGCUUUCAUCCUGAUAAUUCGCCUUGCCACGGAUUUGAGGAAGUUUUGUCCUGCUACAAGAAGAUCGUUCCUCACCUACGAUUAGCAGGGCCUACUUCCUUCGCGCCGAUCGUGGAGGCAGCCGUCGACAUUGUCGAGAGAAACCAUGGGCAAUACCACGUUUUGCUCAUCAUAGCAGACGGCCAGGUCACUCGCAGCGUCGACACGGACGACGGCGAGCUCAGUCCGCAAGAAAAGAAGACUAUCGACUCGAUUGUGAUGGCGAGCGCCUACCCCUUGUCGAUCGUGCUAGUCGGCGUCGGCGACGGACCUUGGGACGACAUGAAGAAGUUCGACGACAAGCUUCCCGCCCGCGAUUUUGAUAAUUUUCAGUUCGUCAACUUCACCGCCAUCAUGGGGAGAAACGCGAGCGCAGCAGAGAAGGAAGCAGCCUUCGCCCUCGCCGCUCUCAUGGAGGUCCCUCUCCAGUACAAAGCUACUAUGGAGCUCGGCAUUCUCGGGCAAGUGACAGGGAAGGCCAAGAGAGUCGUGCCGCGGCCGCCUCCAUUGCCGGCUGCACAAACACAGAGGUCGUACGUGCCUCAGCAAAGCAGACGGCCGGAACGCAGCAGCACGUUGCAGAGAAGCAGCAGCAGCCCAGCGCAAAGUAGCAAUGACGACCAGAGCCAAACUUGCCCGGUUUGCCUGACCAAUGCCAAAGACUUGGCCUUUGGAUGUGGCCAUAUGUGUUGCAGAGAUUGCGCUGAGAGCUUGAUCAGAUGCCCGAUAUGCAGAACGAUUAUAACGUCACGCUUGAGGGUGUACACAGGAUGAAUCAGGCAUGCAUGCAGUUGUGUUGUUUAUUGUGGUUUGGUGAUGAAGUAUAUAAUAAAUGUAAAUUUCUAUGGAAGCUCGAUAGCAAAUUAUCGCUGAAUAAUACUACUCGUGGAAUCUAGUUGAUUCAAUCUUAAUUGUUGAUUAACAUCA